AUGUCUCCCAAGCCCACCCUCAGAUGCAUCGCCGUAGAACUCCCAACAACACAGUCAAACCGCGCCGCAAACUUCUCCAAUGACGUUAGGGCCGGCCGAGACGUCGUGGUCGUGGUCCAUUCCUACGGCGGCGCCGUUGGUCUCAGCGGCAUCAGGGGCCUAACCCGGCCCAAGGGGCCACCCGAGGCCUCCUCCUCGGGCCACGUCAUUGGUAUCGUCGUCAUGGCCACCGGCUUUAUGCCUACCGGGGUCGGCUUCCUCGAAGGCUUUGGCGGCAAGCCGCCGCCGAUCUGGAAGUUGGAUGAGGAGAGAGGCUUGGCUGUCAUCACGGUCGAUCAGAGGGAGCUGCUGUACCACGACCUCCCAAAGGAGGAGGGCGAUGACUGGGGCUCGAAGCCGGGAGACCAGUCUCUGCAAGCAUUUACGGAUGGCACCAAUGCCUAUGCUAUGGCUAAAGAUGCUGGAGCAGAUGUGACGGUGCGAGGGAUUGAUAGUAGUCACUCGCCCAUGUUGAGCAAUGGAGUAGCUAAGCCAGCCAAGCUACAUCUGUAACAUAGGCAGUUAUACAUAUCUUCACUCUAACUAAAUGGAAAUUACAGGGGUAAAGGGGGGC